GGAGGGAAGUGUUUGGUCCUGAAGGGUUACCCAGCUGUCCCAUCCUCAACCCAUCCCCUACAGAUGCCAGAGGGACCCCUUUCUCAAGGCCACAAUCACCCUAUUCCUUUGUAUAGCACUAGGGCACAUAAGUAUCUUUGACAUAUGUGAAUUGAGUCCUCCCAACAACCCUGCAAAAUAGGUAUGACCACCAUCCCAUUUUGUGGAUAAGGAAACUGAAGGCUCAGAUAAAUAAAGGAAUUUGCCCUAGGCCACACGACUAGUAAGUGACAGACCCACGACUUGGGCUCAGGCCUGACUACAAGUUCAGGGCACUUUGCCACUAUGCUGCCCUUUGGCCCAGCUCAGCAGUGGUGAGGGAGGCUGAGCUGGUGGUGGUGCCUGCCACACACUGUGCCUCCUCAUCUCCCCUGGUGAUUAAGGGUACCGGAGGGGAGGAAAGAGAUACAGAGAUCACCAGAGGGGUGACUGCAAGGAGUCUGACAGGUGCUGCCGGAAACACAAGCAGUGCACUGGGCACAUCAUCUACCCCUUCGCCUCUGACUGUGGCCGCCACAGCCUGCACCUACACUCUGUCAAGCACUGCGACUGCAAUUCUAGGUGACACAGCCCCCCACUUGGAGAACCCAUGGCAGAGCCAUGUCCAGACUUUCAUUGUGGUCCCCCCUUCAACCUUUGGUUUAGCCUCUUCAGCUUUGACCUGGUGCUGCUGGCCCAGCCCCAGCUCUCCACACAUUGCUUUGCUCUAAGAGCAAUGGGGAGGAGGUCUGUUGGUGGCCUGGGCCAGGCCCAGCGGAAGCCCACUGUCCUUCAGGCUUCUGGCUCUGGGUCCCUGGGAGAGUGAUGGGAGACAGGCUGAGAGUCCCAUGUAUGGCAGGCGGAAGGACUGCUCAGAGAAUAGCAGCAGCUCCUGGGGCGGGGGCCCAACCUGCUCCCGUGUCAUCAAGUCCCCUUGCUUUGAGCUCACCCCGGAGGAGGAGCAUGUGGAGCGGUUCUGGUAUGGCUGGUGUGAAAGCUACAGACCUGUCUCCGUGGCAGUGAUCCACCAUCCCCUUCACCAUGAGUGCGGGGCAGAUGAUGUAAAUGAAGAGGAAGAGGUGGAGGAAAGCAAGCCUCCUAUCCCGGCGCAGGUGGGGCCCGCCACUGCCUCCCCUGACCUAGGCACCACCAUGGCCACUGGUACCCCUGACUCUGCAGCACCCAUCACCAUCUGGCGCUCUGAAAGCCCCACAGGGAAGGGCCAGGGCAGCAAGGUGAUCAAAAAGGUAAAGAAGAAAAAGGAAAAAGAGAAAGACGAGGAGGACACAGAUGAGAAGGCAAAGCUGAAGAAAAAAGCCAAGAAGGGCAAAUUGACUAAGAAGAAAAGCCCGGUUAAAUCAGAGCCUUCCCCUCCAGACGUGAGCCGAUCAUUAAGCCCAAGACAGCUGGCCAGGAUGUCUGAGUCCAGCCCAGAAAGCCGGGAAGACAUGGAGAGCGAGGACAGUUACAGUGGCCGGGGGCAGGCGGACCCGUCCAGUGAGGAUAAUGUGGAAUCGUCAUCACCCAGGAAGAGAGAGAACACAGUCCAGGCCAAGAAGACAGGGGCAAAGCCCUCACAAACCAGGAAGGUAAACAAGAGAAAAUCUCCCCCAGGAUCAAACCCCAAUCUCAGUUGAGGCCAGGGUGCAGAAUAAAUGCCAUAGAGCCUGUGACUGGCCCCCUG